GAAAGAAAGGUCUGGCGUCUCCCGGUAGUAAAUCUAUCCUGGUCUCGAGCACAAAAAGUCGGAGAAACAGACAGGGAGAAGGGAGAAGAGGCCUCGCAGAAAUCUCUGGUUUACUGGUGACCGGGACCAGCAUCAGAGCAGCGCGUGAAGCCUUGGAUUAAAAAACCCGACUAGAAGGACGGAUGGUCGCGCGGACGGGCAGCGCGCUCUGAAGUUGGAUAGGCUAGAGAGACACCGAGACGGAUCAGCAGCAGCAGCAGAAUAAGCAGCAGCAGCAGCUUUUGUUCCCCCACCUCCCCGAACCCCCUGUGAAGGCAGCGGCGGCACCGGGAGGCUGCGCACCCCGACCAUGAAGCUGCCUUGUCUAUUGGCGCUGACGGCGCUGGUCGCUCACGCCACCACGGGACAGACUUGGUCGCCGUCUAUCGAUGACGAAGGCUCGACGAGAGACGAGUUCUACGACGAUGAGGACCUGUACUCAGGCUCCGGCUCUGGCUUUCCUGAUAUCAGCAAGAGGCCGACAUCAGUGGCCGUGUCCUUCACCACAGAAGAGCCCCUCCUGCUCUCCACCACCCAGGCCACCGGCCCCGCCCCGUCCGCCUCACCUGCGGCUGAGCCGAGCCCCAACCCAGACCCCACCUCCACCCCGCUGCCCACCGAGGCCGACGGAGAGAGUGGUGCGUUCUGGGAGCGCGAAAGAGAGCUGGAGAAGGAGGCCGAGAAAGAGCGAGAGAGGCAGUUGGAGAGAGAGCGAGAGCGGGAGAGAGAGAGGGAGCGGGUCCGAGAGAUGGAGAGAGAGCGGGAGAGGGAGCGAGAGAGGGAGCGGGAGAGAGAGAGAGAGCGGGAGAGAGAGAGGCAGCGAGAGCGCGACAGAGAGAGAGAGCUGGAGAGAAUCAGAGCUGCCGCAGCCGACCAGACCACUGCCGCCCCGAGGUCCCCUGCUGCUGUUCCUAUGGUGACCACCAACCCGGCAACAAGCCCUGCGGAAAGUGCAGCACCCUCAGCUGGUUCGGAUGACCUGAGCACCACAGAAGAAGAAGAGGAUGUCUACCUGUCGCCUGAGCCCACAUUGUUUUAUCCAGGCUUCGACAUGGAGACCACCACAGAGGAAGACAUGCCCACCACAGCAGAGGCCACCCCAGAGCCCACGACAGCAGCACCUACUACCACCACUGCUGUCAGGAGGACCAAGAUCCCCUUCAGACCCAGGUUUCCCAUGACAACAGCCACUCAGACAGUGCCAACAGAGAGAAGCACACGCCCAUCGCAGCCCACUACGACACAGGUCCGUGCAGAGGAGGGUAACAACGAGCUGGGCCCUGUGGGACCAAGUGGAGAUUUUGAGAUCCAUGAGGAUCAACGCAAUGAUCUCGGUCAAGGUAUAGUGCCAAUGGAUCCUGAUCUGAUGAGCAACACAGUGGAUGCAGGAAGUUCUGCUGCCCAGCUGCCACAGAAGAACAUUCUGGAGAGAAAAGAAGUGUUGAUAGCGGUGAUAGUGGGAGGCGUGGUGGGCGCCUUGUUUGCUGCCUUCUUGGUGAUGCUGUUGGUGUACAGGAUGAAGAAGAAGGACGAGGGCAGCUACACGCUGGAGGAACCAAAACAAGCCACCGUCACCUACCAGAAACCAGACAAGCAGGAAGAGUUUUACGCAUAACACUCGUACGCUGGAGAGACACCGCACACCAAGGGAGAGAGAAAGAGCGAGAAGAGAGAAAGAUACUCUAAGCCCCGUCCUUCUCCUCCUCAUCCUACUCCUCUUCCUCCUUGUUGCUUCCCCCUCAUCUGCUCGCCUCUCCUCAUCCCUUUCUCCUCUUGUCUCCAAAACACUUGAGAGCGCCUUUCUCUCUGCGAACUUAGAACUUUCUUUUCAAUGAAAACAAAAAAGAGGACAAAAAAAAAACAAAAAAAACUCAAAUAUAUUCUGAAAAAAUAACACAUACACACGAGAUGUUUUUAAAGUAAAUGUUGUUAUUAAUAUUCUACAGAUUCUCUUGUUCUGUAUGUAAUGAUAUGAUUAUUUUGUAAAAAAAAACAAAACAAAACAAAACACAAGCUCUUAACCUGUGUUUUCCAGCACAAAAAGUUCCUCUUCUGUUUUUAUGGAGCGAAUUAAAAGCCUAAAAGGAAGAGGAGAGGGGAGGAAAGGAGAGGGGCGGAGCGAGUAGAGCGAAAAACACAAAAGAAAAAGAGAGUGGUGGGCUCGACUCUGCCCCUCACCCCCAGAAAAACACAUAGAGCGGCUGGUUGGCCGCACAGAGCCUAGGGUCAAAGGUGAGAGGAAAGGUCUCUUUUGUGCCUUCUGAUGCUCAAAGAUACACACAUGCAUACAGCCACAAAAGUCACACACACACACACACACACACACACACACACACAUGCACACACAUUCAUCUCUGUGUGAAGGUGGCUCUGACCUCUCUCUCUGUGCUUGGCCAACCAGAAAACGAUGCUCAACCCUCGGCGUGUUUCACAACGAGGAGCCGCUGUGGAAACGCUGGCUGGUUGUAUCAGGGUGUGCUUGUGCUCUCGCUGAGCCGGCGGCCCGUCUGCUCCUCUAAGCUGUACAAAGACUAGUUACGGAUAGUAAUAAUAAUCAAUAAUAUAUCAAUGUUUUGGGCUGGAUGGUAAAUAAUAAUAAUGCCGUAAUAAUAAUAAUAAUACUUAAACCGGGAGGAUGUGUAUUUAGCAGUUUAAAAAAAAAGUUUAUAUGUAAAUAUCAGCGUAUCCUUUCUGGCAUCACUAACCAUCUGCAUGACCAUGAAGAGUUUUUAUUCAUCACGUCCGUCAUCACUUUAGAUGAGCUGUGCUCUCGUCAACCACACGCACAAACACAUGCACGCUCACACACACAUAGACACACAUAUACACACACACACAUACAUAUGUGCAGACGUGUAAUUUUCUGGGCAAUUAAAUACAACACAACACUCUUACUAUACUGUAAAUCAUAUCAUUCAGUCAACAUAUCAAACCCAUCGUCAUCAUCAACAUCAUCGUCAUUGUGAUAGUCAUCACUUGUGAUACGAGCGAGGUCAGGUGGUUUCAGUAUGUUAUUGAUUAGUUAUCGAUCAGUUGCCGGUUGGUUUAGAGUUUGGUCUGUUUGUGUAAAAGCACAACUAUGUGUCCAGUCAUCACGCCAUCUGAUACCCUCCUCACCCACCCACCCGUCCACCUUUUGCAUGCCUCACUUUCUUUUUCCUUCCACACCAUUGGCUCUCUGUAUGGGGUGGGAGGGGCCUUUGGGAAGCGUGAAGGGGCUUUAACUGAAAAACGCUGAAAGUGUGAAGCGGCGCAGGACGUUGAUCCUACAUGCUCUAAUUCAGUCAACAUCAUAACUUUUGUUAUUACAGCUUUGGUUAUGAAAAGAAAAUUAAGUUAGUGCUUGUGGGGUCAAGUUCAACCUGCUGUCAGA